AUGGUCAUUGCCGGUGUCGGAGUGGAUCACGAGGCAUUUGUGAAAUCGGUCGAGAAAGCUUUCAGCCCAUGCAAACCGAACGUUUGUCGCGAGCCAGCCGCACUCAGUGUCCCCGAGCCAGAUAAUUCGAUUGCACAAUACACCGGCGGAUACUUGAAGGUUGAACGUGAUCUGGAACGUUAUCAUGCCCCGAUGCCCGAAUUCGCUCAUGCGGUAAUCGGACUGGAGUCGUGCGGUUAUCAAGAUCCACAGUUUGUCGCAGCUUGUCUAUUACACUCACUCCUCGGUGGUGGAGGUUCGUUCUCUGCUGGUGGUCCGGGUAAAGGAAUGUACAGUCGACUGUAUGUGAAUGUGCUCAACCAGUAA